AUGCCAAUCACAUUCAAUAAAAUCUCAGAUCCAGUCACUGUUUUAAGCAAAAGAUUACGUGAUUUCCCUGUACUUACACAAGGAUCAAUUCUUCCUAUAGAUUUCGCUAAGCGCAUCUACAAACUCAGAGUUCUCAAAACAGAACCUUCUGAUGGAAUUUUAAUCAAUAAUGUCAACUUGAACACAGAAUUCGCACCACCAGAUACAUAUUUCAAGCACAGAUGA